AUGGCACCUGCAACUAUCCUCAGAGCGUCAGGCCAAACUGUUCUCAAGCCACCUAGUGAUCGAACCCUACGGUUCAGAAAGGAUGGCAGCUUCCAUAUUGGAGUCUUCGAGGAUCUGCAUUUUGCCGAAGAUGAAGAGAAGGACAAGAAGUCCAAGGGGGUGAUGUCAUACAUUCUGUCCGAAGAAGACAUCGAUUUCGUAGUGAUCAAUGGCGACUUGGUCUCAGGUGAAAGAACUCACAAAUCUGAUUCGAAGAAAUACAUCGCCGAUGUUGUCUCUCCGCUCGUCAAUGGCGGGUACCGCUGGGCAUCGACUUAUGGCAACCACGACAGUGAAGUCAAUCUCAAUCCGAAAGAGGAUAUGUACGAAGCCGAACACAAGUACAUCAACAGCCUGACCGAGAGCGCUAUCUCUGGCGAUAAGGCCGGCAUCACAAAUUACUACCUACCUGUGUUUUCUCACGGAGCAAAGAAUACUAGCACGCCCGCUCUCCUUCUUUGGUUUUUCGAUUCGAAGGGUGGCCAUUACUAUCAACAAGAAGGAAAAGAGGGACCAUCGGUCAAGAGACCGAGCUGGAUCGACGAGUCUGUUGUUGAAUGGUUCACAGAAACAAACACCAAGCUACUCAAAAAACACGGCAAAGUCAUCCCCUCGCUAGCAUUCUACCACAUCCCCGCACACGCAAUGCUCCAAGCCCAAGAGCGAGGCCGUCUCGACCCGCACCGUACACCAGGCGCGAACCGCGAACGCGUCAACCCUCAAGGAACAGGUGAAUGGAAAUAUAAUAGCCAAGACGUCAAGUUCAUGGAAGCGCUCCUCAACACCGAAGGACUGAUCGCAGGAUUCAGUGGCCAUGACCACCAGAAUGAUUGGUGCUUUAAAUGGGACGGUGCCCUCGUCGAUCACAAUUUAGUUGGAAACGGACUUAAUAUGUGCUACGGUCGGCAUACGGGCUAUGGUGGGUAUGGCGAUCUGACGCGUGGUGGACGACAGAUUCUGCUGAAUGAGGGUAAUCUUGCUGAGGAUACUCAGACAUGGAUCCGGUUGGAGGAUGGGACUGUUCAGGCGCAUGUUACGCUGAAUACGACUUAUGGGCAGGAUCCUUAUACUGCUGUCAGCAAUGUUGGCAGGCCCAGCGUUCAUAACGAUGUUUCUUUGGUGCCAUUUUCUUGGCUUUGGGUACCUUUCUUGAUGCUUUGGAGAUGGAUUAUGUGA